AUGGCAGAGAUGAAUGACCAUCCAGAGUCAGUCAAAUCCCAGCUAGGACAUUUGAGCAUCGAAAAGUUGGCGAGAACUGUAGUAAUAUCGAACAUACCGCGAGAAAUUACACAAGAUGAAAUUCACAUAUACUUCCAGAAAAGUAAACACGGCGGCGGAGGAAUCGAUGAAAUUUGGAUGGUAAAGGACGGGGAAGUGGUCAUUGUCUUUGAAAACCCUGAAGUCGCUGACGGGGUAUUAAAGCGCCCUCAUAUGCUUGGAGGCAAAGAGGUGGAUCUUAGACCAUACAAUACAGGGAGAAUAUCAGCUGACCAUACCCAAGAGAUUUUCUCGCACGUUGCCGCCUUUGUGAGUUUCGACACGAUGUCACCUGGGAUGUCAGAAAACCUGCUCGAAAUGGUGAAGAAAAAGGUUGACGUAUCAUGGCAAGGCAAGGGUCAUAAUGGAUUUGUUCUCGUCGGAUCGAUUAAUCAACUAGAAAUUGCUCAUAGAUAUGUGCAAGAAUAUAUUCUUCAGCGUCCAGGCCUGCUGUUUAAGGAGGAAAGAAUGGUGCAAGGAAAAGAUGCCUUGAAGACUCUGCAAAAUUCUGCUGAAAAUUUUAAGCAGGCCAGGAAAGACUCCCAGGGGAUUGUUGAGGAGUGCACCUUUGAAACUGAGCCAAAGUUCUUGAAAUUAUUCAAAAGGGUACACAAGGAAAAGCUUGAACAAAUAGAGAGGGCAAGCCGCUUGGAGAUAGUUUGGGCUGAAAAUGAAGCGCUAGUAACGAUCAAACCUACACCUCUAACCGAAGAAACACAAUAUCAAGAAGGAUGCAACACUUUCAUUGAUUUGUACCAAACCGUCCGUCAGUCCAUGAAGAUGAAGCGACAAGUGGUUGAUGUAAAAGACAUCCACGAUGAUGGAAAAAUCAAGGAGGCGAUUGUUUUCGUGGAAAGCAAACAUCCCGUGGUCAUUGAGAAAGAAGAAGGUCAGCUAAUCGUUUACAGCGAGGAAAUUCAUCUGAAGAGCUCAGUGCACGCUCUAAAAAAGAAGCUUGGACUGUCAAAAAUCAGUGGCGACCGCCUGAAACAUGGUCAAAAGAACAUACGUCAUUUGCCUCACCAUCAUGAAGAGCCAUCACCUAAGAUCCUACAGCAGACUUUGACAAAUAACGUAAUAGUAUCUUUAUACCAGGGAGAAAUAACUGAUGAGCAAGUCGAUGCCAUUGUCAACCCAGCUAACGCAUUGCUUCAACAUUCUCAAGGUGUAGGUGGAGCAAUUGUGAAGAAGCGAGGGAGUCAAAUAAUACAUGAUUCUCAGUAUGUUAUGUCUCAUCGUAAUGUUCCGCUACAACCUGGUGAAGCUGUUUACACCCGAGGUGGGCAAAUGGCUUGUCAUUAUAUAAUCCAUACAGUUGGGCCAGACUGGUCAGCUUAUGCAGAUAAGAGCGUCGCUGUGACAGUUCUUCGAAAGGCAUGCAUAAAUUGUCUCCGACUUGCUGUGCAACUUCGGCUUUCCUCUGUAGCCCUUCCAGCCAUCAGCUCAGGCAAUUUUGGUAUGCCAAAAGAAGUCUGUGCUGGGGCAAUUUUUCGAGCGAUUGAAGAGUUUAGCACAAGUAUAGAUGCAGAAUGUAGCACUCUCCGUGACAUACGCGUCGUUAUCAUCGAUACAGAAACUACUGAGGUCUUCCGUAGAGAAUUCAUUAACCGUUACUACCCGAAACAAAAGUCGCAAAAUGAAAUGGCAACUCAGAAACGUCCAUCCAGUGAGGAAGGAGAGAGCCCAUUUUCCACUAACAAGGGAAGAGGUCACCCAAGGAUUGAUGACGACUUACUUAAUGAAAAACGUAAGAGUACUCAAGAUAAUCAAUCGCAAGGAAGUCAAGCAACUACAAGGGGUCACCAAUCUGUCGAGCCACUCUGUUCAGUAUGUCACAACUCAUGCCAAGAAAUUGUUGAACCCCUGAAAUGUGGACACACUUUCUGCCAGUCUUGUUUUCAUCACCCUUCGAGUGACGUUUUCGUCUGCGGAUAUCAGUGGUGUGUCUGUGAGAGGUCCCAACCAAUAGGAACCAUGAGUUGGAGAACAGAGAAACAGUCUCUUCGUGGAUAUGAUGAUUGUUAUACUAUUGCCGUUACCUAUAACUUUCCCUCUGGAAUUCAAGGAUGGCAACAUCCUGCACAAGGACAACCUUACCGUGAAAGAUAUUUCACAGCAUACCUUCCAAACAACUCUGAAGGACAAAAAGUUUGCCAGUUACUGAAAAGAGCGUUUGACGCUCAACUCCUGUUUACAAUUGGUAAAUACAAGGCAACGGACGAGGAGAAUCUGAUCGUGUGUAAUGGUAUUGAACACAAAAUCAAUCGAUCAGGAGGACCAGCAAAUCAUGGGUAUCCAGAUUCCACUUACCUUGACCGAGUAAAGGAGCAGCUUGCCAAGAUAGGAAUUGUUGACGACGCCGACUUACAAGUAUAA